ACAAUUCGACACGCUCUCAAGUUCGUAUAUAAUUAGCGUAGAUGUAUGUUUCUGUGCCACACGAAAUCUAAAUCCUACGAGCCUGCAUCUUUACUUCAGAUAAAAAUGGUUCGAGGACUGUUCGUGAUCGCCGUGGUGCUGCUGGCGGCCGCUGGUGUACAAAGUUUGCAGAGUCAGAAAGAAUGGUUAGAACGCCGGGCAAUCGGCGCACUCUUGCAUUUAGAAGGAGCGGACGCAGAAGCGCAAGCGGCAGUGCGCGCUUACGAGGAAGCGCACGCGGAAGCACACGCGGAAGCGAAUGCACGCGCGGAAGCGAAUGCGCGCGCGGAAGCCUAUGGACGCGCGACAGCAGCCGCGGAUCAACCUUACAGACGUCAAACCAAUAUUAGGGUUAUACUUGCACAACGUGCACAAGGUUGA